GGAAACUGCUCUGUGAACGCUCUUUCCUUCGUGUCACCCAUGGUCUUAGAAGAACUGCAGAAGGUUGCUCCGAACCAAACCAUGGAGAAUCAAGAAGAAGCGCAUAAGGAGUUGGCACGAAGACGUGCAGAAGUCCUUUCAAGCUUGGAGAAUUGGUGCCGGGCAUUGAAAAAUAUAGUGGAGGCUCCAAUGGGGGCUCCAAUCGACGCAACUCCAACUGAGAAGGAAGGGGGACUUCAGUCUCGCUUGAGAGAUGCCCUCUUCACUGAUAUUUGCAAUGCCUUGGCGUUUUCUGGAGCCGCUGGUUUGAACAAAGAGGCAUCGACACCUGUCAGGAUUACAAGUCAGAGACAAGUUUCCAAGAGCACUGGUCUCAUGACGCCUCGGACUUCCAUCACCCUCACUCCCCGCACCCCAAAGACUUCGGCUCUUCGUGAAAAUCUCCGUGACGGCCGAGCUCUCGUGACCGUCACCCGGAGCAAAGUGGAGAAGCUCUCGACCCCUCGCGACCGUGGGACGCCUGGGCGCCACACUGGGCGCCCAGUCGACCACACGACACCAGGCCACACUGGGGCCAGGCCACAGAGCGCUAAACUCGAGCGCGAGAACACUCAGAGCACGCGGGGCUUUCAGAUGCCAGCCUUUGCUGGCGUGCGGCGGGCAUCAUCCCCCAAUGGAACAUGUGGAACCACAUCAACAUCAUCCAAAGAGAGGCCUGUUGGAUUGGGCUCACGGAGCAGCUCGUUGAAAAUACGACCAAUCCUGUGAAGCUCAGGUCCGGCUGAAGCACCCAAAGCAAGUCCAGCAUCAUACAGAUACUGUACAGUACGCACCAAAGUAUUUUGUGUCUAAAAAUAUGUCCAAAGUCUAGUCGUAGACUUCGAGGUUGAAUGUUAUUGGCACAGAAGAUGCACCUCGAGGUUGCCGGCAAUUGCUGAGUGCCAAAAAA